UGCUUGGUCAAUAUUUGUGGCUUAAAGCGCUGCAAGGCAAUAUUGCACAAAAAAAAAAAAAACUUAUGCCACAAGACAUCUUUGUGUUACUCUAAAUUUAAAUUAUCUCAACGAAACACAAAAUUAAUAUUAAGUACUCGUAAUUAAUAAGAAGUAUUUGUAAGUGGGCAAAUCUUUGCCUGAUUAUAAGUAUAAGUGGAGAGAGCAGAAGGAGUGUACUUAAGCUGUAGAAAACACAAAUAUCAAAGUACUUGAACUAGUUAUUUGUAUUUGCAUUUGCAUUGACUCAAGUGCUGUAAGAAUCCUCGGCAAACUCACAAACAAACAGCAGCAAAGCUAAAAUAAAAGUGCUUGGGAUAGGCCCACUUCUCGGUGCCUCAAGCAUCAUCAAGUCAAUGCAAUUUAAACCAAAACAAACUCAAAUGCCGAGCCCGACGAGCCACUUCCUAUAUGGCUGCGACGAGCAAGCGAGCGAGCGAGCGCUCCACAAAUGAAUUUUACUUUCAUUCGGAAUUGAGUGAAAACGAUGCUGAAACUGACGACGGCAAACCGACGGAAAAUAUCCCUAAAAAUUGCGCUCGCAUCGACCGAGCGAAAGGACAUUUCGGGAUUCGUGCCAGUUUUUGCCAAUAGCGCUGCUCAGUUUCGUAUUCGUAUCGGAACGUGGCGCUACGCCGUGCUCAAGGAUAUACGCGCCCAGGACAAACGUCAGGCACCAACACAAAAAAAAAAAGAAAAAAUAUAUAGAAGAAAAUAAUAAAAGCACAACCCGACACAACCGCUAACUGUCUCUGUGUCUGUGCCAGUUGUGAGUGCGCGAGUGAGUGUCGCUUUGUUUUUGGCCAUUUAAUUUUAUUAGCGUGCGCGAUGCGUCAUGAAACGAAUUGCAAAAUGCAAAAUACAAAAACCCAAAAAUGCCAAAUUGCAAAAUACAAUAAAUGCGAAAUUAAUUAUUUAUUAAAUUCGGCAUAUGCAUAAACGCAUCGUAUUAUCAUAUCGUACCGUAUCUCCUACAACAGAGAGCACCGAGCGAGUGCUGUUGUUUUAACGCUUGAUUGAAAUGUUAAAUAGAUAUUAAAAAUUGAUGCUCCUCGGCAAGUUCGCUGUCGUUGUCGUUGUCGUUACCGUUGUUGUUGCUGUGGCUGUUACUGUUGCCGCUGUUGUUUGUUCUUUUCAAUUGUAAUCUUCAGACCACGCGACGCCAGAGCAGGUCGGAAACCGGCCCAAGGAUCGACCGGUUGACUGAGUCCUCCCCAAGUCUCCCCAGCCGAAGUCGUGCGUGUGUAUGACUUUAUUAAAAUUGUAAAUUGUAAAUCCACAACGACGGCUAAAAGUAUAACGCGCGUGUUCAACUCGAGGUUUUUUUGCACAUUGUUUGUCGACUUUCAUAAAUAAUUAUAUUCGCCUCGCCAUCGACAUUGCUUUCGUUCAUGUUCAACUUCUCGAUCUCGGUUCUCGGUCUCCGGCUCCGGCUUCGUCUUGUUUUUGUUCUUGUUCUCGCUCUUCUUCUCGUUUGUUGUGCUCCUUAUCGCGAUUAAAAAAAAAAACAACAAAAAUAUGCAAUUUCAUUAAAUAUUUUCCAAUGCACGGUAACGGUAAAUCCUAGCUUAACUCGUUUAACGGUGUAAAAAAACAAUGCUCGAAAAUAAUAGUAAUAACAAGCAUACGACACGUUGCUCUCCUCCACCGUUGGCAAUUGUCAAUGUUUAUUGAGCGGCUUGCAUUUAAAUCACUUUUUAAUGAAGUGUGCAUCUUGUUGAAGGAUUAUGUGCAACCGCGUAGCGUGGCUGAGAAAAAAGAACCAAAUGAAACGCUACGGAAACUGAACAAUGCAACAAUUUGCGCACAGUACACACCUCAAUAUGCUGCAGCGUCAGCAGCAACUGCAUAAAAGUUAUGCUCAAGGCAAAAACUGUACAUGAAACAACUUAAUUAGUUGUUGUGUGCCGAGUAGAGCAAAAAGCCGCGCGAGCAUUGAAACCAGCUGCGAAAAAGGGAGCUGACGGAAAACUGGGCCAACUAGACGGAGUGCAUAGAAGAGAGAAGACGGCGAAUUACAGCGAAUUCCAAGAAAUAUUUGUUCAUUUUGCUUCAUUAGUGUUAGCGAGAUGUUUGGGGCCAAAAAGGGCAGCGGCUGCAACAGCUCCAGUCCGUCCAAAACUUUGAGCCCAACCGCCCAGUGAAUAAUUGUGUGAAUUGGCUUCUUGUGCAUGAAAUUGAGUGUGCGUGUGUUUUGUGUGUGCUUUAAGCGCUUAAGAAACAAGUACUACAAAGAUAAAUAACGCGAAUCGUGAAACGAAAAACUUAAAACAGCAAAUACAAAUACACGGAAUAUAUAUUCUAAUGCUAAACACAAUGGAUUUGCUGAAAUUGAAGGCUGCGCCAGUUGGCGAUGCAACUAGAACUGAAAGGAGUUCGCGCACUUCCGACAUUGCAAGGACUUCCACUUCCACAAUGCACGUAACAACUUCCUAUCGUUACUCCUACGGUGCCGGGACUACUUCAUUCGCCUGGCAGCGCUAUUUGGCGCUAUUCACAUUGCUCUUACUCGCAGCGCACAUCAAUAUUACUUCCGGUCAAAUCGAUUGGGAUGACGACGAUGAUCCAGUUUCCACAGUGGCCGUUGAGGCCGUGCUGGGACGCACCGCAUCCCUGCCAUGUGACAUUGAGCCGGAGGCAAAGGACGACCGGGUAUACAUGGUGCUCUGGUUCCGUGAGAGUGCCGGCAAACCACUUUACAGCUUUGAUGUCCGUGGGCGACCCUUCGAGAAGGCUCUCUACUGGUCAGAUACAAAAUCAUUUGGGCCACGUGCGUACUUUGUGACCGGACAACAGCCAGCCAAAUUAUCUGUGGAAAAUAUACAGUUGGAUGAUGAGGGCGUUUACCGCUGUCGCGUCGACUUUCAGAACUCGCCGACGCGUAAUCAUAGAAUUAAUUUAACGGUUAUUGUUCCUCCACAUCAAAUACUCGUGUACGAUGCCUCGGGCCGUGAUGUUGCUGGAGCUGUGGGUCCAUUGCUAGAGGGCGAUAAUAUUGUGUUGACAUGUGAAGUGCGUGGCGGUCGCCCGGAGCCCACGGUCACAUGGCUAAAUGGCUCAAGGACAUUGGAGGCGGGCAGUGGCGUUUCAAUGGGACGUCAUGUAACUGUCAAUCGAUUGGAAGUGCCACAAAUAACACGAGCGGCUCUCAACAAUACUUAUCGCUGUCAGGCAUCAAACACGAAACUUGUGGCACCCGUGGAACGCAGCAUACGCAUCGAAAUGUUACUGAAACCCACAUCAGUCAAUUUGACCAACAAGUUGAAGGUAUUCUCAUCGAGCACACAGUAUAAUCUCACCUGCAUUGUGGCUGGCUCUGUGCCGGAUACGGAAAUAAGAUGGACACAGAAUAAUCGACCUUUCAAACGUGGCAUGCUGUCAACCAUCCAAGGCAAUGGACGAGUCAUAUCCACUUUGUCAUUUCACCCGCAACCCGAAGACGAUGGCACAAUGCUCAAAUGCGAGGGCUCAAAUCCUCGAUUACAAAACUCAGCCAUCGAGGACUCGCUCAUGCUGAAUGUCAUGUACCCGCCACAAGUCACCCUAUCGCUGGGCUCCACACUGCGUCCCGAUGACAUCAAGGAGGGCGACGACGUUUACUUUGAGUGCCACAUUAAGGCAAAUCCCAAGGAGCAUCGCAUUACAUGGUCCCACGAUGGUUUGCCAGUCACUCAAAACGUCUCCUGGGGCAUCAUCAUCUCCACUCGCUCCCUGGUGCUGCAGCGUGUGGGACGUGUGCAUUCCGGUUAUUAUGCCUGUUCGGCGGCCAAUGAUCGCGGUGAGACGCAGAGUGCGUUGGUCAACUUAAGAAUACGAUAUGCGCCAGUUUGCAGCAGCAGCACAGUCGGUGUAAUUGGCGCAUCCCUGGAGGAAGCAGUGCCCAUACCAUGCCGUGUCAACUCGGAUCCACCCGAAAUCGACUUUGAAUGGACAUUCUCGAGCAGCGGAGAACACUUUGAAGUGCCAUCCGGACAUUAUGCGACCAUACAGGAUCCCACAAUGACCACCAGCAGUGAUGUGAGGCGCACCAUUGUCGAGUCGAAUGAUACGCACUUUGAGAGUUAUGUUGAAACGGUUAGCGAACUGAUCUAUACACCGAAAGGAGAACGCGACUAUGGCACGCUGGCUUGCUGGGGGCGAAAUGCAAUUGGCAAACAGUCGGAGCCAUGUUUAUUUCAGGUGGUGCCAGCAGCCAAGCCCGGAGCAUUGCGAAAUUGUACGCUGCGACCGUAUGUGGUGACCUCAGCGUCGCUGAAUUCAUCGAAUCAAACGACAAUGCAUGGCAAUCAAAUGUUGCAAACACAAUACGGCAGACACGAUGCGAAUUAUCCGCACAUGGAAUACGUACGUGAGCGACAUGGUAACAACAAUAAUAACAAUAAUAAUAGCCGGAACAAUGCGGCUGCAUCAGCAGCUGCCAAUAAAAUGGCCAACAAUAAAAAUAUGAAGAGCAAAACCAAAAUCAAUGCGGCUCCUGUUAAAUCUAAUAAUAAGCAACAGCAGCAACAGCAACAUCAGCAGCAGCCAGAGCAAAGAUAUCGCCUGAAUCAACAGCAAAUGCAACGUCUAAAAAAGCGCACAUCAUUUACACCAUCGCAGACAUUGGCAGCCAUCGAAAGACAGCGACAAAGCAAACAACAGCAUCAGCAGCAGCAGCAGCAACAAAAACAACAAUCGCAUAACAAAGCAGGAGCAGCAGCAGCAGCAUCAGCAGCAACAGCGCCUACACCAACAUUGGCCUACAUCAAUAACAAAACUGAUGGAUCACUGGCCAAGCAGCAGACAAAGCAGUUGAAGUCGCGUGUGCGACGAGCAGCGAGUCCAAGAGCAAGUCCAAGUCCAAGUCAAGGCACGAUUGCAGAAAGCAAGUUGCCUGAGACAUCAAUAACAAGCAAAAAGCUGCAACGUGCAACAAAAUCAAAUUUAUCAUUGUCACAUAUAGAAACGUCGGGAGUUGUUGCCGGCUCGAAUGUCAAAAACAACAACGGCAAACUGCCAGCAAAGUAUUUUAAUAAGCGACAGAAAAACAUGCACAAACAGAAACAGAAGCAAAAGCAAAACCAGAAGCAGAAGCAGCUACAGCCAAAGCAAAAGCUCAAGCUGAGGGAACAACAAAAGCGUAGCGCAGUAAACGAGCACAACAUAAUCCAUCAUUUUGCAACAUCAAGGCGAAGAAAGCGGCAAGUAGCAAACGACAUCACAGCAUCACAAGCAGCAGCAGCAUCAGCAGCAGCAUCACAAGGAGCAGCAGCAUCGGCAUCAGCAACAGCAGCAGCAACGGCAAUAGAAGCAGACGCAGCAGCGACAGCAACAAUGGGGGCAACAGCAACAACCAAAUCAUCUGCGGCAACUGAGAAAAUAAAUGCUGAUGCCGAUGCUGACAUUGAUGCUGACGUUGAAGCCGAUGUUGUUGGCGAUGCUGAUGCUGAUGCUGAGACGGAUGCCAGCAGCAGUGGCAGUAAUAGUGGCGGCGACAUUGACACAAUACUGGGCACAUUGCGUGCGAUUGGCAAUGAGCAAGUCAGCAGCAGCAGCAGCGGCAGUACCAGUGGCAGUAGCAACAGCAAUACUAGACUAGCAUUGCCACCAAAUGCGCCACAAAUUAGCAACAAACCAGCGGAGGCAGCGCAACAAAUGGCAGCAGCAAUUAGUGCCAACAAUAAGCCAGUCGUAGUAGUUGCAACAGAUGCAGUUGCAGCUGCCGCUGAUGAUGUCAAGACAAACAUUGACACAGGAGGCAGUGCAACAACAGUUGAACAGCAAACGGACAACACGAAAUUUAAGUUAAACAACAUCGAAGACAAUGAUGGAGAUGGCGAUGAAGACGAAGAUGCUGAGGACGACGAUGAUGCCAAUGGCGACGGUGACGACGAUGACGUUGCUAACGAAGAUGUUGCCGAACUGCAGACAGACGAUGAGUACAUGGCAGAUGAGCCCACCGACUUGGCCGACUAUGACACAGCCGAGGAGCAAGAGCCACAGCAGCAGCAACAUCGGCAACAUCAUGUUGAUAUUUCAUCCCUGGAGCAUCAGUUGGACCUCGAAUCAUUAGAGGAUGAUGAGGCUGAUGCUGAUGUUGAUGGCGAUGGCGAUGCCGAACCAGAUGCCGAUGUCGAUGAUGAUAUUUACAAUGUUAGCGAUGAUGAUUUUGUGGCUAGCGUUGCACUGUCCACAGCAGAGACAACAACACAGCCACAGUCGCUAUCGCUGUCCCAGUCCCAUUCGCAGUCGCAGUCACAGGGACAAUCGCAAUCACAAACACAUUCAGAGCCCGCGGCCCUCUCAGCUGAGUGGCAGCAACCUCAUUUCGAUUACUCACGCAUGGAGUACAGCUUCAGCAAUGGCGUGGUCACCCAAAGUCUCAUCGGUGGCGGUGCCAAUGGCUACGAUGGCAACUCCGGCACCGGUGGCACCAUCAAUUUUGACAACUAUGACAACAUAAUAUACUCGACCAUGGAGCUCGAAUGCAUGCCCGGCUAUGAUGGUGGACUGCAGCAGCAGUUCUUCCUCGAAGCCUACGAUUCAAAGACGAAAAAGCUUCGCCUAAACAUGAGCAGCACUUAUGUGGAUGUGCCAGUGUUUCGUAUAGAUCUGACAGAUCUUACGCCCAUGGACUAUUAUCCCGAUGCUCAUCCAGCGUUGCAUUUGGUCGUCUACAGUGUCAACCAAAAGGGACGCUCCGAGCCAAUUGUUCUGGAGAAUGUGCCCAUCAAUGAGGCGGACAAGCGUUCAGAUGGACGCAUGGGUCUAUCCAUAUUGCCGAUUGCCGCUUUGCUCACUGGCACACUCUUCACCGUGGGCAUUGCUGUGCUGUUUGUGGUUGUGAUUGCGGUGCGUCGUCGUCGCUGUCAAGGCGCACGCAAUUUGUGCGACGAUAAGGACAAGCAUUUGGGCAUGGAUGUGACAGUGACGGCGCCUCUGGAAACUGGAGCCGGUCAUCAGCGUCUCGUGGUGGCGUACACGCUGAAGCAGGGCAUUGAAAAGCAGCCGGACAUACUGAGCGCACAAAAAAGCGCAACUGGCAGUGACACAUCGUCACCUCUGGGAAAUCGACAGAGUGGUUUAUUUAUGGGCAGCAACAGUGCAGCCGCGCCCAGCAGCGUGGCGAAUCAUAAAACUGUGGAUUAUGAUGUCAAUGCGCCGCACCUGAAUAGUCCGCCCUCGCAGUCGAGCACCCUCAAAUUGGAGAGUGACACAGCCGCCGCGGCCAAAUGUUAUCAGGCGCCUUCGGCAGCACCAACGCUACUCUACGAUGCCAUGCCCACGCUCAGUCGCUACGAGCCGCUGGGUCUCAACAUGGGCAGCUAUGCAGCUGGCGGAGGAGGAGGAGGCGGCGGUGGAGGAGCUGGUGGUGGCAGCAACAGCACACUCAGCUCGGCGGGCAGUGUGGCCAACUCGACGAGCAAUGCGCACAGUGUGGGCAGCAGCAGUCAUUAUGUCCAGCACUUGCACCACACGCUGCCACAUGGCAUUUCACAGCCAUCGGGCAGUUUGCCGCGUGGUAGAGAUCCGCUAACCUUAGCCGAUUAUUUGACCACCAGCAGCCUGAUUGACUACAAUCUAAGUAAAGCGGCGGCAGCCACCGCGGCUCCGCUGCCCACGCAUAUGAUGACACUACCAAAGGGCAUGGGUCACACUGGUCACGCAGUGCUGCCCAGCAGCAGCAGCAGUUUGUCGCCAUCGCCGUCGCAACUCACCACCAUCACCCAGAAAUCGAAUGCUGGGCGUAAUCAUAUUAUCACCGACACGCUUCCCGGUCCCGAGAGCUGCGUCUAAACAGAUAAUUUUGUGGGGGGAGGAUGAGGAUGAGAGGGAGAGGGAGAGCGGCAAACCGAAUUCCUGGCAAACAACAAACAAAAGACUGGCGCACACACAACAGACAACAAAAAUUAGUGAAAGAAACAGAAACAGCAGAACAAAGAUUCAGAAGAAACGAGCAAAAGAUAAAGCUAGAAUUAUAGAAAGUAAAGAACAAGAAAAAUAAAAGAAUUGUAGCAUAGCAAGCUAGGUAUAGAGAAACUUACCAGAACUAGUAAACUAAUCGUAACUAGCAAAACGUUAUACGACGGUGUCUCGAAUCAUGAAAUUCUUAUUGUUAGAACAUAACAUAAAAAAAACUGUAGAUCUCUAAAAACUAGUCAAUGUAUUUGUAAUUUUAAUUGUAAUUGUAUGUGUAAUCGUGUGCAUGUGUGUCUGUUUGUUUGUAAAUGUUAGUUUGUAAGACAGCCGAAUCAAUUAUUUCUUCGAGGCAAAGGCUUAAAAAACAACAAAAUUACAAAAAAUACCCGUCUUGUUAAAUUUGCUGUGUACUUCCAAGCAAAAGUGUUGUUGUUAAAUCAGUUGCUUUUCUGUUUUUGU